UGUAAUUUAGGUAACUACUCAGUACCCACAUUGCUGUUUCCCAGAAGCAAGUUUAACAAACCAAGCUUCACGAAACUGGUUGAACAUCUUUUGAUCUUCUCAACAAUCCUUAUCUUCUCUUCUCCAAAAACGCUCCCAGAAAACUUCCCCAAUUUCUCGAGAAAAUCUCCAUGGCUAGGAAAACAGGAAUAUUUGAUUUAGAGACCCAUUUUGCCUUCUAUGGAGCAUACCACAGUAACCCAGUUAACAUUUUGAUACACACUUUAUUUGUAUGGCCAAUCUUCUUCACCUCUCUUAUGCUCUUCUACUUUACACCUUCCAUAUACGACAUAUCUCGAAUUGGACUUGGUGGUGAUCAUGGGCUGUGCCUGAAUUUUGGCUUCUUUUUGAGUCUAAUCUAUGCUUUGUUUUAUGUGAGCUUGGACAAGAAAGCUGGUACUUUGGCUGCUAUGCUCUGCUUUGCCUGUUGGAUUGGUGCCAGUUUCAUUUCUGCGAGGCUUGGCUAUUCUCUGGCUUGGAAGGUUGUGCUGGCAGCGCAGUUGUUUUGCUGGACUGGACAAUUUAUAGGCCAUGGGGUGUUUGAGAGACGGGCUCCUGCUCUUCUUGACAACCUUGCACAAGCCUUUCUGAUGGCUCCUUUCUUCGUAUUGCUUGAGGUUCUUCAAACGGUCUUCAGAUAUGAACCAUAUCUAGGGUUCCAUGCAAGCGUCAAAGCAAAAAUAGAUGCAGAGAUCAAGGAAUGGAAGGACAGUAAACAAAAGAAGUCCACUUAGCUUACAGAGUCGCCAAACAGGCAACUGUGGUGCCACUUUUUAAGCACAAUGGAAAAUUUGGCUUGUGAUGUAUUAUUUACUGAGAGGUUUCUCGGACAAACCUCAUGUUUGUAGUAACAUAUGCAUAGUUGUGUACUAAUUUAGUAAAAGGUUUCUAUCAUUUCGUCCAAUCUAUGUAGUUUGAACUGAUAAAAAAUAACAAAAAUUUUAAAUAUACUUGUC